UCAAUCGGGUCGGAAAGUGUGUGACUGGGGUGCUGAAAAUAAUAAUAAACAUACGUGUGGACCUUGCAUUUAUGAAAUAAGCGAUUUCGCUAGCAAUCGUUAAAGAAUCGCUUCAGCUUCGACGAGUGUAGUUCCUGCCGAAUAUCCAGUGGACAGAUAAAAUAAACAAAUCAAUAAUGGCAAACGUCUGCGAACCACUAACGCUGGCCAAGGACGUGAAACGUUCGAUCGAGCUGCUGGAAAAGCUGCAGAUGAGUGGCGAGGUACCGGCCACCAAGCUGGCCGCCUUGCAGAAGGUGCUGCAAAGCGAUUUCCUGAAUGCCGUGCGGGAGGUGUACGAGCAUGUGUACGAAACGGUCGACAUCCAGGGAUCGCUCGAUGUGCGUGCCUCAGCUACGGCAAAGGCCACCAUUGCAGCGUUCGCUGCCAGCGAGGGACACGCCCAUCCGCGCGUUGUCGAGCUGCCCAAGACCGAAGAGGGGCUUGGCUUCAACGUUAUGGGUGGCAAGGAACAGAACUCGCCGAUCUACAUUUCGCGCAUCAUUCCCGGUGGCGUGGCGGAUCGUCACGGGGGACUCAAGCGGGGCGAUCAACUACUCUCCGUCAACGGUGUAUCGGUCGAAGGGGAAAACCACGAAAAGGCCGUGGAGCUCCUGAAGCAAGCCGUCGGUUCGGUCAAGCUGGUCGUCCGCUACACCCCGAAGGUGCUGGAGGAGAUGGAACUGCGCUUCGACAAGCAACGUGCCGCUCGGAGACGCCAACAGUACUAAACCCACCACCCUCGUCGUUUGCCAUUGUCUUCCCGUAGCAAAUAAGGUUACGGAAUGGAAAUGGGCCCCCGCCAAAGUUCGCAAUAUGCCGCCUAACCGUAUAAUGGUGGUUCGAUGCGUCCGUUAGUUAGUACCUCCUCUCUAUCUCCCACUGUCCCUACCACGAACGAUUCGUGUCUGUGUGUUCAUGUUAUUUGUGUUGUUUACCGUCGGAACAGAUUCUCAUAUUAACCACCCAUUUAUCUUGAAAAAUAGUCAUCUCAUUUGGUAGGA